CGUGCCUAUAUAAUGUAGAUUCCGAGUCCGAGGUACGAGGAUGAGGCUGUUGUUUUAGACAUGCACUCACGUGUUCGGAAGUGAUUUUGACCUCGCCCCUAUUGCAGUUCAUUCAUUCUUUCCUCAUGUCAUCGAAACAUCACUCUAGCCAGUCCUCUGGCCCCCGUAGCCACACUUCCCGCCCCUCAACCUGGACCCCAUACUGUCGUCCUGCUCCGGACAGUGUUCGCCCCACUCUAACAUUGGUCGAGGAACCACACAUUUUAGAUUGUUAUCGAGCAUGUUUGGAGCGUGCGAAACAACAGGGCGAUGAGAGUGGUAUUCGGCGGAUGGAGGAGGUCAUCAGGCAUGCCGAACGUCCUCAUGUAGUGGAAUUCAAUUAUCUUGGGAUGCCCUACACUCCUAGUAUUCACGGCCCCGCUCGAAGACUUCGUUUGGAUUUGGAUCGAUUUGACUUGGACUUUGUCUACUGGGAUGCUCGGUUGAUUGGAGAGAAGUUUACUUUCGGGUGCACGGUCAUGCCGCACGAUCUCCCAUCCACUACCCUCUACGACUGGCGGGAGCAUGACGUGAAAGUCUUUAUGAUCGACAGCUUCGAUGAUCGCCAAAUUGCGGUUACGGAUGAUUUCCUGAUGACUGGCGUCGCUGGGCAGAGGAUACUCAUCAAAGUCCCAACGGGCCGUUCGAGUUCACCUUAUGCAUCUCAACUUGUCAUGUUUCAGCCUGAAGACGGCCCUUUGCCUGUGCCCAUUUUUGCCCUUUAUUAAUGGUGUUUAUCGUGGCAACUGUAUACAAUGUCUGCCUCGGAGAUAGGUACAUAACAGAAUGGAAAUAAUGUUGGAACGCAAAAAAAUGCACUCGCUUGCCA